CUGACGUUGCGUCUACGACUGCAUGAGCAAAAUUUCCAGCCGUAGGAAAAAUGUCUAACCUGAAAGAUCGGAGAGUUUGAAGGUAUCAACUCCAGUUAGAACCCAUUUGUACCACUGUACAUGGCAAGACAAAGCUGACAUCAUGGCCCAGAUUUCCAGUGGCAAUGGGUAUAAGCUGGACAGGCCAUCCUCUCCUUUGGGGGCUCGGCCCAAGGGAGUAGUGGGGAAAGAGGAGGCUUUGCGCAUGGAGGCAGAGGCUUUGGCUAAACUGCAACGUGAAAAGAGACACACCCUCCCUGUCCCUGCUUCGUCCACUAAAGCACUUCCUAAUACAGCAGCAUCCACAGCCUCCACCAGCCGGCCAGAGAAAGAUCUCAUUGUCUUUCCAGAAUCAGAGGCCAAGAAGAAGGAAGAGAAGGAUGCUUUUGCAGACAUUGAUGUGGAGAAGUUAACCAAUGCGGAACUAGAGAAGCUGCUUCUAGAUGACAACUUUGGAGCGAGCAAAAUGACCAGGCCCUCAUCUCUGCUGGGCUGCAAUCUUAGUGCAUCAUACCCAGGGGGUCAAGCAUUCAGCCCAUCUCCAUUUCACUGGACGCCCACGCUCUCUACUCCAUCAAACUCUGCUUUGUCCACACCGACGCACCCACAGGCUAGUGUCUUUCCCUCAGCACCUUUCCCCAAACCUCCUUGCUCAUUCCAGAAUGGAUUUACCCCAGCCAUGCCACCUUUCGUCCACCUUCCUGCCCAGCAGGCCCCCUUCCUUUCUUUUCCGCAUAUCCAGCCUCCUCGUCCUCUGGUCUUCCAGCAGCCUACAGUCACACCAGAAAUGGCUAAGCUUUUUGACAAGAUUGCCAGCACAUCAGAAUACUUGAGGAACGGCAAGUCUUCCAGUUUGGAUGCAGACUCUACAAGUAUGAAGUCCUUGGAGCCUGUGCCCCAGCCCCCUGAGCCCACUAGUAUCAGCCGCUUUGAUUGGCUGGAUCUGGACCCUCUCAGCAAACGGCGAGUAGAGGUUGAAGAGGCACCCAGUGCACAGGGUGAGGCUGUAAUGGAGGAGUCUGCACCUGCAGGGGAUCCCUGGGAUGCAGUGUUGAGAGAUGAGACUGAAGUCACUGGCAGCAACAGUCCUUCAGCACAAGUGAAAGACCAACAUAUUGUGACAUCUCAGCAAAGGAGAGCGUCUACAGGCACAGCUGUCACCAGGAGCCACUCACUCAACAUUCCUGCUACCUCCUCUCACCACAACCAGAGUAAACAGGUCAGUAAGGGAAGUGGGAAUAUAGUCACAAAGUACGCCACUUUACAAGGAAAGGAGGCCCAGAACCUAGAGGUUGUAGCUUUCUGUGAAGACAUUGCAAAAUUGAGGUCAAAGUUCACUCAUGAUGACUUCUCUACCAAUCCGGGAUAUGUUAUCAGCCCAGUGAUCUCCCAAAGGGAUAUAGGAGGAGACAGAAACAGCAGUGUAAAAGUCUCCAUUGAGAUAUCAGACUCCCAGCAACCUGUGACUUUCACCUGUGAUGUGAGUUCACCAGUGGAGCUGCUGAUAAUGCAGGCUCUCUGCUGGGUCCAUGAUGACCUGAGCCAAGUGGACAUCGGCAGCUACAUCCUUAAGGUCUGUGGGCAGGAAGAGGUCCUGCAGAAUAAGCAUAGUCUGGGCAGCCACGAGUACGUGCAGAACUGCAGGAAGUGGGAGACGGAGAUUAAGCUGCAGCUCCUUGCCCAGAGCACCAUGAGGAGAGACCUGGCCCGAACGCAGGUAGAUGAUGACACCUCCCCCAUUGACUUGGAGAAAUACUUAGACCACAUCGAGAGGCCAUUUAAGGAGACCGUUACAAGAAAGAACCUUGCUGAAUAUUUAGGGGGCUACGAUAAUCAAGUCAGCGUCUGCCUUCAGAAUGAGAGUACCCAGUACAAAACGGUAGAUCAAGUACUCCAGGCUGUUAAAAAACUGUGUUCUGCUCUGGGUGAGGUGGAAACGCCAGCCAUUACUGAUGCUGUGAAGAGACUGAAGCAUUCAGUCAACCUCCCUAAAUCCCGCACUCCAGAGGCCAUUGCCAAAUCUGCUGUUUCCAUGAACGAUUGUUCCAGUCCAGUGGAGGAACGCAUGGAGGCACUAACAAAUGCAGUGUAUGACUUAGCUAUGCUCUACCUGCGCUCUUUCUGCCUGGCUUCCCCUGAUCACGUGAAACAGGACCCUACAGAAGACGAGAGAGAAAGCAAGGAGGCCUCCGGCACCACAGAGCAUGUGCAGUUCACUGUGUAUGCCAUACAUGGAAUUUCUACAGCAUGGGUCAGCAGUUAUGAAAAAUACUACCUGAUGUGUGCCCUGACACACAAUGGUCGGAAUCUUUUCAAGCCUGUCCAGUCCAAGAAAGUUGGAACGUACAAGAGCUUUUUCUAUCACAUCAAAUGGGAUGAACUGAUAAACUUCCCUAUCUCUGUGGCUUUGUUACCACUGGAGACCAUGUUGAGUCUCACUCUCUAUGGUGUUCUUAACCAGAAUGCCAGUAAUUCACCCGAUUCCAACAAGCAGCGUAAGGGGCCAGAGCUUUUGGGCAAAGUCACCAUGCCCCUCUUUGACUUCAGGAGGGUGCUGUCUCGAGGAACCAAGCUGCUGAAUUUGUGGAUGACUCCUCAGUCUUCCCCCUCUGGAGCUGCAGGAAAGAGGAUGAACCUAGCAGAGAGAAUCAUACUGCAGGUAGAUUUCCCAAGUCCUGCAGUGGAUGUGCUCUAUGUGGGCCCUCAGGAGACCAAGUGCCCUGACCCUCAGGCACUAGAGACACCUGAUCCAGACAUCAAGAGGAAGAUUGAAAAGCUCUGUGGUCGGGCAUCUGCUUUUGGACUGACACGGGCAGACAAGCAGCUGCUUUGGGACCACCGGCACCAUUGCAGGGGCUAUGAACACAGCCUGCCCAAGAUCUUAUCCAGCGCACCCAGCUGGGACUGGGGCAGCAUGGCUGAGAUCCACGCACUUCUGCACCAUUGGUCGCCACUGUCACCUGUCUCUGCCCUGGAGCUGCUCGACUCAAAGUUUGCAGAUACAGAGGUUCGGAGCAUGGCCGUGAGCUGGAUUGAGAGUUGUAGUGAUGAUGAGCUAACUGACUACCUGCCUCAGCUUGUGCAGGCCCUAAAGUUUGAAUCCCACCUAAAGAAUUCUUUGGUGAUUUUCCUGUUGUCACGUGCAGAAGGGAAUAUCAACAUUGCACAUUACCUUUACUGGCUGCUGAAGGACGCAGUGCAAGACCCGGCAUUUGGCCAACGCUACAGCCAUGUGCUGGGGGCGCUGCUGUGCCUGUGCAGUGCUAGGCUGAGGGCUGAGCUAGAGAAGCAGACACAACUUGUGCACCUGCUGGGGGCCCUGGCUGAAAAAGUGCGGCAAGCUAGUAGCUCCAACCGGCAGGUGGUGCUCCAGGAGGGUCUAGAGAGAGUGCAGUCCUAUUUCCAGAGGAAUAACUGCAGACUUCCUCUUAGUCCCAGUUUGGUUGCAAAGGAACUCAAUGUAAAGGCCUGCUCCUUCUUCAACUCCAAUGCUGUGCCACUGAAGCUUGCCCUGGUCAACGCAGACCAACUGGGAGAAGAGAUCAAUGUAAUGUUUAAGGCAGGAGAGGACUUGAGACAAGACAUGCUGGCUCUACAGAUGAUUCGGAUCAUGGAUCGAAUCUGGCUUCAGGAAGGACUGGACCUGCGUAUUGUCAACUUCAAAUGCAUUUCAACUGGAAAAGAUAAAGGCAUGGUGGAACUAGUCUCCUCCUCGGAAACAUUAAGGAAGAUUCAGGUGGAAUACGGAGUCACAGGGUCUUUUAAGGACAAGCCUCUGGCUGAGUGGCUGCGGAAGUACAACCCUGCUGAGGAUGAGUAUGAGAAGGCAUCUGAGAACUUCAUCUACUCAUGUGCAGGCUGUUGUGUCGCCACCUACCUCCUCGGCAUCUGUGACCGGCACAAUGACAACAUUAUGCUGCGUACGACGGGCCACAUGUUCCACAUUGACUUUGGCAAGUUUCUUGGCCACGCACAAAUGAUUGGGAGUUUCAAAAGGGACCGGGCCCCAUUUGUCCUAACUUCUGACAUGGCCUAUGUCAUCAACGGUGGGGAGAGGCCCACCAGCCGUUUCCAGCUCUUUAUCGAUCUGUGCUCCCAGGCCUACAAUCUCAUCCGUAAACACUCCAGCCUUUUCCUCAACCUGCUCUCCCUGAUGACGCAAUCAGGGUUACCUGAGCUGACUGGAGCCCAGGACCUGAAGUAUGUGUAUGAUGCUCUGCAGCCUCAGACUACAGAUGCAGAAGCCACAGUUUUCUUCACAAGGUUGAUUGAGUCCAGUCUUGGCAGUGUAGCCACAAAGUUUAACUUCUUUAUCCACAAUCUGGCCCAACUGCGUUUCUCUGGCUUGCCAUCUAAUGACGAGCCCAUCCUGUCCUUCUCUCCGCGCACAUACACGCUAAAGCAGGACGGCCGAAUCAGAGACGCCUUUGUCUACUCCUUCCAGAAAAGAUACAACCCUGACAAGCACUAUACGUAUGUAGUGCGGGUAUUGAGGGAGGGUCAGAAUGAACCACAAUUUGUUUUCCGUACCUUUGACGAGUUCCAGGAGUUACACAACAAGUUAACCAUCCUCUUCCCUUUGUGGAAGCUGCCAGGCUUCCCCAACAAAAUGGUUUUGGGACGCACACACAUCAAGGAUGUGGCAUCCAAGAGGAAGGUGGAGCUGAACAGUUAUGUACAUAGUUUGAUGAGGAGUUCAACGGAGGUCAGCCAGUGUGAUCUUGUCUACACAUUCUUCCAUCCCAUUGCAAGAGAUGAUAAGACAGAGGGAUUAGACGGACUGCCCAAAAUACCAGAGGUGACUCCGGUCAGUCCCGCUGCAGGCCGUGUGGAGGGUGAGGUGAAGUUAUCCGUGUCUUAUCGGAACAGCACACUCUUCAUUAUGGUUAUGCACAUCAAAGACUUGGUGUCUGAUGAUGGAACAGACCCCAACCCAUACGUGAAAACAUACUUACUUCCAGACCCCCACAAAACUUCAAAGCGCAAAACGAAGAUCUCCAGGAAAACACGGAAUCCCACUUUUAAUGAAAUGCUGGUGUACAGCGGCUACAGUAAGGAGACCUUGAAGCAGAGAGAGUUGCAACUGAGCGUGCUCAGCGCUGAGUCUCUGCGAGAGAAUUGCUACCUGGGUGGCAUCACCCUUAGCCUCAAAGACUUUGACCUGAGCCAAGAGACGGUUAAGUGGUACAAGCUCACGGCAGUACCUUACUUCUAGGAUUAGUUCAUCCCAGCCGGGUCUUCUACAGAGGACGAUGAGAUUUAAUCCAAAACCCUCAGAGGGUGACUCAAACCCUUACAAUGCCUCACAAAUUUCACACCCCAUGCCCUAAACCCCUGUCUCAGUGACACUAAUCAAGGUCUGCUCCUUGCAAGCAAUAUACCUAUUGUGCUUGAACUCUCAAAAAAAAAUAAACUUUUUUUUUUUUUUUGUAAAUUUUGUCAUUAGAGGACCAAAAUGGCUUACAUUAAGGAAGAGUUUAUAUUAUUAUAUAAAUAUAUAUAUAUAGACUGACAUGUAUUUUUUAAAGGGGCUCAUUUUUACACUCUACUUUUCUACAAAGUUAAAUAGGAGGCUUUACCAGCUUCUAACGCUUCUGGGUAUCUCGGCAGAUAAAGUAGAGUCCCAAGCUUUCCUUAUGUGCCAAAUGAACUGAAACAACUUGACCACUCUUCUGCCUAGGGAACAAAACAGGGUGCCUUGGUGGGAUUCACUAUAUUUCAUUUCUUUGUGUAUCUCAAUACUCUUGAUAUCCUUGUUCUGUAAAACAAUAAUAAUUUAGAGUUCUUCCACCUUAUUUGAGAUUCUGGUGCUCAUAACGGAGUGCUGAAGUAAUCGAUUUGCUCUCAUUCAAGCCAUGAAAUCCUUUAAUGGUGUAAAUUAGCCCCCUUUUUAGCACAAACUUGAGACUGUAUAAUGAACAGUUGACAUUUCUUGUUUUUUUUCUUUAUUUGAAAAGGGAAUAGCAGGAAUGACUAGAAGCUGCUGCCUCUGUUCAGCUGCUUAGUGAGCUAUAAAGGAAUCAUGAGUUUACCUGGAAAUAUUUUUAAAUGUAAAGUAUUUAGAAGAUCAGCGUCACUCACAUCACAAACAGGACUUGAUUCAUUCUUUUAAUGAUUUUUUUAAUGACAAGAUGGGUUUAACAAGGCCAGUUAUUUAUUGUUAAUUGGUUAUCUUUAACCUGGACGAAUCUGUGUGUACUGUAAUCUUUUUCCACAUAAACAGAAUUAAAUGUCUUUCAACUGCAACUUGUAA